AUGGACUCGCUCAAAUACGAGCCUGUUGUUGGCAACUCUCCUCCGCCCUACGAAGUAGAGGCCUAUGGACACAACGCGCGCCCGUGGGCUAACCGACGGCUCAAAAGGGCGUGCUCGUUGUCGCGCUUCAUCGCGUUGAUUCUCAUCUCCACGAUUCUGUAUCUCUGCCUGGUGCUCGAGAGGCAGGUAUCGCUGCAGUACUCCGCCGAAGACGCGUCCGCCGCGCUCUUGCUGCAGAGGUUUGACGAUUCCCUGAGACUAUGCGCGGCGCGCAAUCAUCUCCCGCCGCAGGUGUCGCCCGAGACACGCGAGGGGAAUCCCCGGUGGAACUCGGUGCGCGGGCAGAACGAGACCAUUGCUCUGCGCAAUGCCACUCUGUUUGAUGGAGAGUCCUUCCUGUCGACUCCAGUGGACAUAGUGUUCUCCAAGGGGCAGGUCCAGUCCGUCUCGCCGUCGUCCGCCGCGGAGUCGAUAUUGGACUCGGGGAUUGAAUAUGAUUUGAAAGGGAGGUUUGUGACCCCGGGGAUCGUUGACAUGCAUUCGCACCAUCUGGUUGAAUCCUGGCCGGCAUUGUUAGCGACUGGAACAGAUGGGAACGAGAUGGACCCCGUUUUUGGCCCAUUGACCCCCUUCCUUCGGAUCACUGAGUCGCUGAAGGCAUACGAUCAGGCGGCGAGAAUCAUCGCCUCUGGAGGCGUAACGUCUAGUCUGAUAAUUCCCGGUUCUGCGAACACUAUGGGUGGAGAGGGGACAGUUGUGAAGAACCUCAUGAAACCUGGUGAGCUCGGGGAGUAUGUAGUAGAAGAGAUGCUCCUCGAACAUGGUAUUGCACGCUCCGACCGGCACCGGUACAUGAAGUUUGCUUGCGGUGAGAAUCCCAAGCGCGUCUACAGCCACACGCGGAUGGCGUUGGCUUACAUCCUCCGUCGUCACCUCACACGCGCCCGAGAGUUGAUGGACAAGCAAGAGGCCUGGUGCUAUACUGCCUCUGGGCUCCACAACACCGCUGAGCGGGCCCGUUUCGUGGACGACAAGGGUGGCUAUCCGGAGCAGCUCGAGCUCGAGUCCACGAUAGCGUUGAUACGCGGGCAGGUGCUGAUGCACAACCACUGCUACGAACCACAGGAUUUCGAAACGAUGCUGGGUGUCAUGCACGAGUUCGGUGUUCGCGUCCGCGCGUUCCACCAUGCAAUCGAGGCAUGGCAGGUGCCCGAGAUGCUGAAGGCAUAUGGGGACAAUGUCACAAUUGCCACCUUCGCCGAGGAUGCUCUCUAUAAACACGAGGCAUACAACCCGAGUCUUUAUGCGGGAGCGAUCCUAGAUGCCCACGGGCUGCCGGUCGCAUAUAAAUCUGACCACGCCGGCGAGUCUACGGAUGCUAAAUAUGUGAUGUCGCAAGCUGCAACGGGACAUGCUUUCCAUUUACCAGCCAACAAGGCUCUUCAGUCCGUCACUUCGAUCCCGGCGAAAGCUCUUGAUUUGGACUGCCGGAUCGGUUACGUACGCAAGGGCUAUGAUGCCGACAUAGUUGUUUGGGACUCUCAUCCUCUCUCCGUAGGUGCGACACCGCAACAGGUCUUCAUCGAUGGUGUUCCGACUCUCGAUUCAAAGAUUGUCUAUGAGUCUACUGGCUACUCUAUGGAGACAUCAUCUGAAAGACCCGAUAGUCCCGAGCCCAUCAUGCGACUCAGAAAGUCACAGAAAGAGUCAGGAGAAUUUUGUGCCCUCGCAAAACGCAAGAGCCAGAGUUUCGUGAUCUCGGGCAUAAGGAAAUCGUUCCUAGAUCACUACUCUGACGUGGCGGCUUCUGUAUCGGUGUCUGGAAACGAUAAUCUGACGCUCGUCGUGGAGAGGGGUGAGAUAUCCUGUCUAGGAAUGGCAGAAGCAUGUCACAGGGAAGUAACUGCAGUGGGAAACAAUGCAAUCAACAUCGCGUUGCAGAAUGGCCAUGUCCUGCCGGGUCUCACGGCAGUAACUGACACUCUUGGCAUCAAGGAGAUAUACAUGGAGCCAGCUACGGGGAAUGGGGCCGCGGAUGUGAAGGACGUCAAGAACCCGAGUUACGUGGACUACGCAAAGUACGGGGUAUUCCUGGAUGGCAAGGCAUUCUCUAGAGCACGGCUCGGCGGUGUUACCAGAGCCGUAACUGCGCCGGAUCUUUCGACUGUCGAAGACGAGCCUGCAGGCUUUCUCCGGGGCGUCUCUGUCGGCAUCAAGACCAGCGGCACUAAAACUAUCCUUGACGGCGGCAUCUUUCAGGGUGACGUAGGUUUGCAUGUGUCCAUCGGCGAGGCUAAUAAAGGUACCGGAAGUGUGAGCAUGGCGGUCAAGACCCUGCGGGAGAUCCUAGCCGAGAAUACAGGCAAAGGAAACGAAAGCGCAUAUGGCCUUGUGGCGGAUGGAAAGCUUCCUCUGAUCAUACAAGUGGAAAGGGCGGCGUAUACUCAGCAAGUCGUAUCCAUUAAGAGGGACUUCCCAGGAGUCAACAUUGUCAUCUACGGUGGGCAUGGCGUGCCUUCGGUUGCCAAAGAACUCGCAGCAGCGAACAUUUCCGUGAUUCUAUCUGCUACCCGUCCCGGGCCCGGCGCCUGGGAGACGAAGGACAGCCUGAUAGGCCCGCCCUUGACACGAAGCCCUGCAAGCAUCCUAAGCGAAGCAGGAGUGCGCUAUGCUAUUUCGGUUGCGGCCGACGUUCCAGUGUCAGAUUCACGCAUACAUGCCUUGGCCAUAGAGGCUGCGUGGACGGCCAAGUACGCAGGGCUCAGUGAACAUGAUGCCGUCCGGUUAGUUUCCAAGAACGUCGAGGAUAUACUGGGAUUGAAGCCAAAUAAGGAUAUGGUCUUGUGGGAGAACAAUCCACUACAGUUGGGCGCUUCCGUUGUUCUUUCUUUUGAAGAGACAGCAGAUGGUAAUUUGGAGGUAGGCACCUGCUGGCCGGAUGAUGUUGGUCUGACGUCCGACUGA